AUGAGACUUCAACCGUUUAAAGAGCAGAACAGUCUACAACACCGGCCAACGACGACCGACCCGAUAUCGACGCCCAAUAUGCCUCGCCCACGAGAAGCUGGCCGGUACCCGAGCGCAGCCCCUUCCGAAACCUCUGGAUCGACGUCACCGGAACGUGCCGCUGACGAUGAUACCGAUUUCUUCAUGGCUCAGACCAACGACUCGCAGUCAUCCAUAGGUGUCGCUAAUUUUCGUGAUUCCCACCCUCAAGAUGUACGAUCUGUGCCACUACCACCCAUCGGCCGCCUCCCACCUGAGAUCCUGAUUGCGAUCUUCUCGAAACUGGCCUCGCCCGUAGACAUGCGUAACUGCAUGCUGGUGUGUCGCGGAUGGGCCUCAAACUCCGUAGGGAUACUAUGGCACCGGCCAUCUUGCAAUAGCUGGAAUAAUCUGGGAAGAGUGACAACAUCGCUCGGGGAGCCAAACAGCCUCUUCAACUAUGCAGACCUCAUCAAGAGACUGAACUUGUCUGCCUUGUCAACCCAGGUCAACGAUGGCACAAUUGUUCCUUUCAAUCAGUGCAAACGUAUCGAACGUUUGACACUGACAGGCUGCAAGCAGCUCACGGAUAAGGGCGUUUCGGACUUGGUGGAAGGCAACCGACACCUCCAGGCACUGGAUGUUUCGGAAAUCAAAUAUCUUACAGACCACACUCUUGCUACGGUGUCGAGAGACUGCCCUCGUCUACAGGGCCUUAACAUCACGAACUGUGUGGCCAUCACCGACGAUGCACUGCUUGAGGUGUCACAAAAAUGCCGUCAAAUCAAGAGGUUGAAACUCAACGGAGUCUGGGGUGUCAGGGACCAAUCCAUUCUAUCUUUUGCAGAAAAUUGUCCUUCUAUCCUCGAAAUCGACCUGCACAACUGCAACAUGGUCACCAGCAAAUCAGUGACUGCCUUGCUCACGACACUCCAGCAUCUUCGAGAACUGCGUCUCGCACACUGCACGCAGAUCGACGACUCUGCAUUCAUGUCACUCCCCCCUACUAUGACCUUUGAUAGCCUUCGCAUUCUGGAUCUCACUGCGUGUGAGAACGUACGGGAUGAAUCAGUGGAAAAGAUCGUGCAAGCGGCUCCUCGGUUACGCAAUCUGGUACUGGCAAAGUGCCGGUUCAUCACCGAUCGAUCUGUGAUGGCGAUUUGUCGGCUUGGGAAGAAUCUCCACUAUGUUCACUUAGGCCACUGCUCCAAUAUCUCAGACGCUGCCGUUAUUGCCUUGGUCAAGUCCUGCAACCGCAUUAGGUACAUUGAUCUGGCUUGUUGCAACCGUUUGACCGAUCACAGCGUUCAGCAAUUGGCCACUUUGCCCAAGCUGCGACGCAUUGGGCUGGUCAAAUGCCAAGCGAUCACCGACCAGAGCAUACUUGCACUCGCACGGCCGAGGGCAGCUCAACAUCACCACUCUGCCAAUCAUAGCAGCAGUAGCAGCAGCCUGGAAAGGGUCCAUCUGAGCUACUGCGUCCAGUUGAGAAUGGAUGGUAUACACGCUCUGCUGAACCACUGCCCUCGUCUGACCCAUUUGAGUUUGACGGGCGUUCAAGAGUUCUUGCACGAAAGCUUGACUACAUUCUGCCGAGAAGCCCCUCCGGAGUUCACUCAACAACAGCGAGACGUCUUCUGCGUUUUCAGCGGCGAAGGUGUCACCCGACUUCGUGAGUUCUUGAAUAAAAGCAAAGCUCCUUACCGCGAAGAAACAGAAGCCACGAUGUAUGAUGACGACGAGGAACUGGACGGAGAAGGAGACGGAGAUGAAGGUCGGAUGGCUGGCAUGAUGAACGCAGCUGUCAUCAACGACGACGACGACGAAUUUCUCGACGUUUCGACCCUGAACACAUGA